CCACGUGGAACCAGAGGGGCGGGGCCUCGUCCGGGAGCGUCCAUGUGGCGCGGGAGCGCGGGGGUGUCGCUCGGAGUACGCUCUCUCUACGAGCAGAACUGGGGGGAGUUUCCGCUUGCGCAGAGCAGACAGCCGAGGAAGACGUUCUUUUCCCGAAAAUCUGCUCCCGAAAACAGCUGCUUGGCUCCUGGGCGGGAGUUAGCGCCUCAUCAGGUCUCGGCGCAUAUCCCCCUCCAUGUCUCGGACUUUAAUUGCGCCAACGUCGCCUUAAAGGGGCAGCCACAUUGGUAGCUUCUAACUCUUAAAGAGACAGGAAGGUCGAUUGGUCUGAGAUUCUUAAAGAGACAGGUAAGAGUGUAGGUUGGCAGGGCUGUGCUUUCAGUGUCACAAUCCCUUCUUGGGAGGCCCAGAUGCCUGGGAAAUUCGGAACUUGAGUGGGACAGGUGGGAAAAUGGAGAAAUGGUGUAAUUCCAACGGAGGGCGUUGAAGUACCAGCCAGGGGCGGGGCUUCUGGACUCCUAGGGCGCGGGAAACCUAGAGGGAGGAGCCUGUGGGCUCCGAGGCGGGGCUUCCAGACGAGCUAAUCACGCGUGGGGCGGUGCGGACUAAAGGGCGGGGUUUGUGGAUCAAAUGAGACAUAUAGAUGCCCCCGAGAAUUUAGUCUAGUGCGUGGGGGACCUUCCUGUAAGGCUCUGAGGAAGAGAGAGGGAGUAGAAGGCUUGAGCAGCGCCCUUUCUCUGCCGGGGGGCGCGUGUAAACAGAGGCACGCGGCCGCGGAUUUGGGGGUCGCAUCCACGCCCCUUUCCACAGGGACCACACCGCUUGGGGCGGCGGGCGGAGCCGCGGGACGGCGGCUAGACAGGGUGACCCGACUGCAUUCCUGGCCAGUGUGUCAGAGCCACUUCCCGCCCCCUCUGCCGUGAUUUCGGAUCCUAUUCCACAAUUGGGGCGUCCCUCCUUCUCUGGGUGUGAGCGGCUUCUCAGAGCGGAGGGAGGGUCAGGGGAAGGGAACGCGUUCCCUCAGCCCGGGAUCACCAGACAGUUUCCCCAGCGUGGGCGAGACUCCGGGACUGCGGGCUCGGGACUACAAUUCCCAGAGGGCGCAAGGAGGGGAGACGCCCGAUGUCCAUCGUGGAAGCUGCUGGGGAUUGUAGUCCCAGCCUAAGACUUUGGACUCUUGCUAGGAAAUUGUAUAAAGAUCCAACCCAUCCUUUUUACCGACGGGGAGAUUGAGAUUCAGAGACUCGAGGGGAUACUGAUUUAGCGAGGGUGUCUUCUCGACUUAGGGGCGGGGCAUGUGAGUCUCCCCCAACCUCUAACCUUCUAACCCUUUAGUGGCGUCCAAAUCUUCUUUCUAGGAGGGGGAAACUAAGCCUGGAGGGGUGGGACAGGGACUCAGGAGUCUGCCUCCUACAGCCCCGGCGAGAUUAAAGUCUGAAUUCUAUCUGCGUGGCCACAUAGACCUCGGCUUCUGGACCUCGCCCUUCCUGUCUGUGAAAUGGACUUUGGGUGAUUCCCAAUGGGAACGUCUCCAGAAGUCGGCCUACUGCCCCUGCAGGACUACAAGUCCCAAGGUGCUCGAGGCGACCCCUACUCCCCCUCCUCUCUGGGACCCGCCUCCCGUCUGCCGGAGUCACGUCGUCUAACCUGUUCCCGGAGCCUGCCCCGCCCCGUCCUCCGCUCCCCGCAGCCGGAGCCGGAGCCGGAGGAAGUCCCCCGGUGCCAGGAUUUGCCCCGGAUCCGGCUCCUCGCCCUGACCCUGAGGUGAGAAAUGUCACCUCCACCCCCAUCUGUCUGACCUGAGGUUGUGUGGGAGAUAAGCGAGGGAUAGAGGCUAAUUCUGGAGGCGCCCCGCUUCGGCCGGCACCAUGGACAGCGAGGCAUUCCAGAGCACCAGGGACCUUCUGGACCUGAACUUCCAGUCGCUGGCCAUGAGACACAUGGACCUCAAACAGAUGGAGCUGGACACGGCGGCGGCCAAGGUGGAUGAACUGACCAAACAGUUGGAGUCGCUGUGGUCAGACUCGCCGACGCCUGUCGGCUCACAGGGGGGAGCCCCCUCUAGGCUGUCCCGGUACAGCUCCAGCCCGGUCCCCGAGCACUUUAGCAGCCGUGGGUCUCCCCGGAAGGCGGCCAGCGACGGCGCAGACACCUCCUCUUUCGGACGCUCCGAGAACGCCCCGGCUUUGCUCCCCUACAGCCCGCUGUCCCCUAAAGGCCGGCCUUCGUCACCGCGCACCCCGCUCUACCUGCAGCCGGAUGCCUACGGCAGCCUGGACCGCGCGCCCUCGCCCCGGCCCCGCGCCUUCGAUGGCGCAGGCGGCCCCCUCGGCCGUGCGCCCUCCCCGCGGCCCGGAUCGGGCCCGCUCCGCCAGCAGGGUCCCCCCACGACCUUCGACUUUCUGGGCCGCACCGGCUCCCCGCGUGGCAGCCCCCUGGCCGAAGGGCCCCAGGCCUUCUUCCCUGAGCGCGGGCCCUCGCCACGCCCCCAGACCUCAGCCUACGAUGCGCCUGUAGCUUUUGGGAGCCCCCUACUGGGCGCGGGCGGCAGCGCUUUCGCCCCGCCUCUGCGCGCUCAAGACGACUUGACGCUGCGCCGGCGGCCCCCCAAAGCCUGGAAUGAGUCUGACCUGGACGUGGCGUACGAGAAGAAGCCUUCGCAGACAGCGAGCUAUGAACGCCUGGACGUCUUCUCGCGGCCUGCUUCGCCAGGCCUGCAGCUGUUACCCUGGAGAGAAAGCAGCCUGGACGGGCUGGGGGCCACCAGCAAGGACAACCUCACCAGUGCCACUCUGCCCCGAAACUACAAGGUCUCCCCUCUGGCCAACGACCGGCGUUCCGAUGUGGGCGGCUACCGCAGAUCCCUGGGCUCCGCGGGGCCAUCAGGCACUUUGCCCCGCAGCUGGCAGCCUGUUAGCCGCAUCCCCAUGCCUCCUUCCAGCCCCCAGCCCCGCAGUUCCCCGCGCCAGCGUCCCAUCCCCCUCAGCAUGAUAUUCAAGCUGCAGAAUGCCUUUUGGGAGCACGGGGCCAGCAGGGCCAUGCUCCCGGGCUCCCCCAUCUUCUCCCGAGCACCCCCGCCUAAGCUGCCUCCCCAGCCCCAGGUGCCCCUUCAGCCCCAGCCUCCCCCCCAGCCCCAGCCCCAGCCUCUGCCCCAGCCCCAGCCCCAGCCCCAGCCUCAGCCCCAGCCUCAGCCCCAGACUCAGCCCCCCGCCCCAGCCCCCCAACCUCCCCAACAAACUUGGGCCCCUGUGAGUGAAGGCUCUCCCAAACCUCCCCCUGAGCUGGAGCCGGAGCCGGACCUGGAAGGGCUGCUGACGCCAGUGCUGGAGGCCGGGGACGCAGAUGAAGGCGCUGUAACUCGGCCCCUCAGCCCCACGAGGCUGCAGCCAGCACUGCCACCCGAGGCACAGUCGGUGCCCGAGCUAGAGGAGGUGGCCCGGGUGCUGGCAGAGAUACCCCGGCCCCUCAAACGCAGGGGCUCCAUGGAGCAGAGCCCAGCUGUGGCCCUGCCCCCCACCCACAAGAAACAAUACCAGCAGAUCAUCAGCCGCCUCUUCCAUCGCCACGGGGGGCCCGGGGGGCCCGGGGGGCCUGAGCCCGACCUGUCCCCCAUCACUGAGGCGUCCGAGGCCAGGGCAGGGCCCCCUGCUCCUGCCCCACCAGCUCCCGUACCACCCCCCGCCCUGCCCCAGCUCAGCCCAUCAGACCAGCUACAGAGCAUGGAGACGCGCUCGGUGCUGCGGAAGGCGGGCUCCCCGCGCAAGGUCCGCCGCGCCCGCCUCAACCCGCUUGUGCUCCUGCUGGACGCCGCGCUGACCGGGGAGCUGGACGUGGUGCAGCAGGCAGUGAAGGAGAUGAACGACCCGAGCCAGCCCAACGAGGAGGGCAUCACGGCUCUGCACAACGCCAUCUGCGGCGCCAACUACCCCAUCGUGGACUUCCUCAUCGCGGCUGGGGCCAACGUCAACUCCCCUGACAGCCACGGCUGGACACCUUUGCACUGCGCCGCGUCCUGCAACGACACGGCGAUCUGCACCGCGCUGGUGCAGCACGGCGCAGCAAUCUUCGCCACCACGCUCAGCGACGGCGCCACGGCGAUCGAGAAGUGCGACCCCUACCGCGAGGGUUACGCCGAUUGCGCCACUUACCUGGCAGACGUGGAGCAGAGUAUGGGGCUGCUGCACAACGGCGUCGUGUACGCCCUCUGGGACUACAGCGCCGAGUUCGGGGACGAGCUGUCCUUCCGGGAGGGCGAGUCUGUCACCGUGCUGCGCAGGGACGGGCCAGAGGAGACAGACUGGUGGUGGGCCUUGCUGCAUGGCCAGGAGGGCUACGUACCUCGUAACUACUUCGGGCUCUUCCCCAGGGUGAAGACCCAGAGGAAUAAGGUCUAGCUGGAGAGGAGGACGUUUCCAGGGGAGACAGGAGGAAGCGUCCCUGCCUUUGCUCCAGACCUGUCCCUCAGUAACUGCUGCCUCUCCUUGGGCCCCAAGCCCUACAGGGGUGGGGUCCUCACCUCCAGCUCUCUGCUUACCCGGAAGCCCAGGGGAGAAGGAGAACCUCAGCCUAGAAACUGUCAUAGCCCUGGGAGGUCACGAUGGGGCUGGGAAUCAUUGGAGGCAAGAGACACCCCCCUCCCCUCCAUUUGUCAAAUCAGAUUCCGUCCCAAGUGCCUCCUAUUCCUGCUGCCACCCCCUCCCACCCCCUCGACACAAGCCAACACCCCAGCCUAGGAGAGCCUGCGAUGUGUCGCCUCCACUGGAUUUCCCUGGGAGUCACCUCUGCCCCCACCUCCCCAGGGCUAGG